GCGGGCAUCACCAGCAGCCCUCAGCGCUGAGCUCCAGGCUCUCGAAUUACCGCAUAACCAAUCCCACCAAACAGCCCCCAAUCCCGGCCGAUCGGCUCCCCGUCGAAACCUCCACCCACCAGACCCGGCACGAGCCCCGAACCGGGCCCGCACACGCAGCAAUGGCACCCAGGCUGCCGGCCCGGGGCUGGUCGGGGCUGCUGCCCCAGCUCUGCCUGCACCACCCCACACCCACACUCGCGACUACGACGACAAACCCGUCGGCACUAGCCGGCGGCGCACCGCUCCUCGUCGCCGCCAGGACGCCGACGUCGCUCCUCCUCCUGCCGCGGACGGCCAAGCGCGGCGUCAAGUACGGGUGGAGCACGCUCCCCAAGCGGGCCGCCAAGCCGACGCGCUUCAACCAGCAGACGGCCGGCAUCCCGGCGCCGACGACGGGGCCGGCGGCGGCGCUCAAGCGGCGCGAGCGCACCACGCCCGUGCGCUCGGGCGUGCUGGCCGUCAAGAAGGGCAUGACGGCCUUUUACACGCGGCGCGGCACCCGCAUCCCCUGCACGGUGCUGCAGCUCGAGGCCGUGCAGGUGCUGCAGAGCAAGACGCGCGAGCACAACGGCUACUGGGCCGUCCAGGUCGGCGCCGGCCCCAAGAGGCCCGCCACGGUCCCCGCGCCCCAGCUGGGCUACUUCGAGGCCAAGGGCGUCGAGCCCAAGCAGCACGUGGCCGAGUUCAAGGUGCGCGGGCCCGAGGGCCUCCUGCCCGUCGGCGUCCAGCUCAUGCCCGACUGGUUCCACAUCGGCCAGUGGGUCGACGUGCGCGGCACCAGCCGCGGCAUGGGCUUCGCCGGCGGCAUGAAGCGCCACGGCUUCUCGGGCCAGCCGGCCUCGCACGGAAACUCGCUCAACCAUCGCACCAUCGGCUCGGCCGGCCCCUCGCAGGGCAGCGGGUCCAGGGUGCUCCCCGGCAAGAAGAUGCCGGGCCGCAUGGGCGGCGAGAGCGCCACGGUCCAGAACAUGGCCGUGCUCCGCGUCGACAACGACCUGGGCAUCGUCGUCGUCAAGGGGCCCGUCGCCGGCCCCAAGGGCGGCCUGGUCAAGAUCCAGGACGCCGUCAAGAAGCCGCCCCCGCCCGAGAACUGGGUCCGCUCCUCGAGGGAGGCCGUCCUGUCCCGCCGCCCCAACCAUGGCGAGCUGCUCGAGGCCGCCCGCAGGCGCCACCUGGAGCUCAAGGAGGAGAGGAAGUCGGGCAGGAUAGGGGAGCUCGUCGCCCAGCACGCCCCGAACAAGGAGCCGUCUGUGGAGGACCUUGCCUUUGAGCAAAUAGACGAGCCCUCUGAGGAGCCCUCCGAGGAGCUGGCUGUCGCGUAGAAAAAUAGGGAUUGAUUUCAGGGGUAUUAUCAUGGCUUGUGUGUGGCCUAAACAUGCUCGAAAAUGAUACCCUUGUUGUAGUAUAUAUCACGCGGACACGGAAAUGCUCAUUUGUUUUUUUCUUUUUCUGUUGUACAUGGACCUGUAGUAGAGACAUAGCUGGCGGGUUUUGUUGAUGCAGAAGCAGUAUAGAUGCAUGGAAAGGAGAGCAUCCGUCACAAUUUCCCACCUAGGCGCCCGCCGCCACCAACGCCGCUCAUUUCUUGUUCAUCUGCCUGAAGCCCCUGGUGGCGAGCUCG